AUGGCAGAGUGGAUUGCGUUAAGUGCUAAUGUGUACAGCUGGUGCCUACAAAUAGCUGAGGAAAUCCGCAAGUUCAUGCAGAUGCAGCUGGCACCCAGGAUUGAAGCUUCAAACUGUCUGCUCUCUGCUCUCUAUAAGUCACAAUGUCCACCUACCGGGAAUUGCUACAGCUUAAAGUUUAUACCAGGAAAGCCAGUUCUUGAGACGAGGACCAUGGACUUCCCUACGCCAGCUGCAGCUUUCCGCUCCCCUCUGGCCGGGCAGUUAUUCAAGAUUGAAGGAGUGAAAGGUGUCUUCUUUGGACCAGAUUUCAUCACAGUUACAAAGGAGAAUGAAGAAUUAGACUGGAAUUUACUGAAACCAGUUAUUUUCGCAACAAUUAUGGACUUCUUUGCAUCUGGCUUACCUCUGGUGACUGAGGAAACACCUCCAGGAGAAGCAGGUUCUGAAGAAGAUGAUGAAGUGGUAGCAAUGAUUAAAGAACUGUUGGAUACUAGAAUAAGGCCCACUGUGCAGGAGGAUGGGGGUGACAUGAUCUACAGAGGCUUUGAAGAUGGCAUCAUGUGGCUGAAGCUCCAGGGCUCCUGCACCAGCUGCCCCAGCUCCAUCAUCACCCUGAAAAGUGGCAUUCAGAACAUGUUGCAGUUUUAUAUUCCAGAAGUGGAAGGUGUAGAGCAGGUGAUGGAUGAUGAAUCAGAUGAAAAAGAAGUAAAUUCACCUUAAAUAAUCCAAAUUUUC